CGCGGAAGUGGCGUCUUCCACUCCCGCCCAGGAUUGUCCUCCCUCCUCGGAAAGGUCGCGCAGGCAGGUCCGGUCCGGAGAAGUGACCGGGGCGAGGAAGAUGUCGCGGGGUUCGGGGCUGCAGCCCAGGGAUGUCCCCGAGGAAGUGAUCGGCUACACUCCGGAGGAGAAGCUCCGGCGCCAGCAGCUGCGCGAGCUCCGGCGCCGCUGGCUCACAGACCAGGAGCUGAGCCCCCGGGAACCGGUCCUCCCCCCGCGGAAGGUCGGCUGGGUGGAAGGCUUCUGGGAGCGCUUUCUUCAGCCUGAGAGGCUCUGGAAGAGACAGGUAUUCAAUAUCUACAAGGCUGGAAAAUUUACAUUAUUUCAGGUUUUUGUUCCUCUGUGGUUGGCCCAUUAUAUUGUCAAAUAUCAUAUCAAGCCUAUUCCCAAUGGUAUUGUUCAAAGAAAAGCCGCAAUAUAUCCAGGAGACAAAAUGGAGGAAGAAGUAAUUUCACCACCACCACCAGCAGAAUUACCAUUCUGUGAGGACUGAGAAGCUCAAGGACCUGAAAAACUAAAACACUUCUUUUAUUGUUUCCUAUACAAAUGAAUAUAUAAUUCAAAAUGGACAGUAA